AUGUCUCCUCCGUCAGCAGACGCCUACCCCGUCCCGGAGGGCAGUCUCGAUGAAUACGAGUCAUUUGAUCUGACCUCCGCCAUCGGCCGAGAGUUCUCGACUUUGCAGCUGAGCGAGAUCCUGCACGAUGACACCAAAAUCAGGGAUCUCGGCAUUACCGUGUCACAGCGCGGCGUCGUCUUCCUCCGCAACCAGGACCUGAACAUCGCAGACCAAAAGACUCUAGCCAUCAAGAUCGGCCAGCUAACCGGCCGACCCGAGGCUUCGUAUCUGCACAAGCACCCCCUGUCCAACGGCAAGCGCAGACUCGCAGUCGACAAGGACGGCAAAGUCGACGACGAAGUGACCAUCAUGUCCUCCGAGCAGAACAAGAAGAUGUACAAGGGACGGUUUGCUUUGUUGGGUAUCACAUUCGAGCCGGUCCCGUCUGACUACGCGAUCUUGAAGAUCGUCACUCCCCCUGAGGACGCGGGGGGAGAUACACUCUGGGCGUCCGGGUACGAGGCCUUCGAUCGACUGUCGCCGGCGUGGAAGAAAUUCGCAGAGGGAUUGACCGCCACGCACUAUCAGCCUGCGUUUAAUGAUGCGGCCAGGGACCAAAAUAUGGAGCUGAUCACGGAGAACCGCGGAAAUCCCGAAAACAGCGGGGUGGAUUUCAAGGUUUCGCACCCUGUUGUGCGUACGAACCCGGUGACUGGAUGGAAGAGUCUCUUCGCCGCCGGAUUUCAGAUCCGCGCAGGCUGGAUCGACGACGUAACGGAGUAUGAAAGCGAGAUGCUGAAGUCAUACUUUUUGAAAUUGAUUUCCGAAAACCACGACCUCCAGGUGCGGUUUCGCUGGAGCAAAAACGACAUCGCCAUUUGGGACAACCGUUCGGUCUUCCAUACUGCAACAUAUGACUACAAUGGCGCACGAGUUGGAAACCGGGUCGUCUCGCUUGGAGAGAGACCAUUCUACGACCCGAAUUCUAUCUCUCGCAGAGAGGCACUUGGUCUGGAUGCAUAG